UGUAUGAGAUUUCAGGAUUAUUCCUUGGGCAAGAGCCAGAAUAUGUACAAGGAAGAUUUCAGGAACAUGACUGAAGAGACUGGGAACAGCAGUGACUCCUCCUCAGCCUUCAUUCACACCAGCACCAUGAGUACCAUACUGAUUACUGUCUACUCAGUUGCCUUUGCUGGAGGUGGAAUUGGGUCCAUCACAAUGUCAUUUGUGCUGGUAAAGAUGAACACUCUGUCUGUGACCACCACUGCCAUCAUUAACCUGGUCGUUGUGCACAGCCUCCUCCUCAUCACCAUGCCCUUCCGCAUCCACUAUUACAUCAACAAGAAGUGGGUAUUCAACAUGUCAUUUUGCAAAAUCGUGAGUGCAAUGGUGCACAUCCACAUGUACCUGACCUUCCUAUUUUAUGUGAUCACGCUGGUGAUCCGGUGGCUCAUCUUCUUUCAGUGGAAGGACAAAGUGGAGUUUUACAGGAAGCUGCACGCAGUUGCGGCCAGCGCUGCCAUGUGGGUCUUUGUCAUCGUCUUCGUGGUGCCCGUUUUUCACUUUCGCUAUGGACGCUCAGGCUCAUACAAUGAGACAACGUGCUUCAAGUUCCACAAAGAACUACAACGGGAGAGCGUGAAAGCCUUAAACUACAUCCUAAUUGUAGCUGUCGCCUGCAUUUCUUGUGUCCUCUUGGGCCUGCAGAUUUUUAUCCUGGUAAAAAUGGCAAGAAAACUUUCCACCUCUCUCUGGUCACACCAAGAGUUCUGGGCCCAGGUGAAAAACUUGAUUUUCAUCUGGGUCAUCAUAAUUUGCUUCCUUCCCUAUCACUUCUUUAGGGCCUACUACAUACAGCACUUCAGGGAUUUUGGCCAAUUAGAGAGCUACAAUGAGGUUUUUCUGAGCCUGACUGCCCUGAGCUGUCUGGACCUGCUGUCAUUCGUGCUGAGUGGAAGCCGCUUAUUGAAGCAAAAGGUGGUGAUGCUCAGCAGCAGGUUGCAUUGCUGCUAGUGUCAGCCUCCUGCAGCAUGUGUGGACCUGGACCUGGGAAAGGACGGUGAUGGACAGGCAUGACAAACCCUCUACUCAGCAAGUGGGCCCUGGAAACAGUGCAACACACUCUCACAGGGCUCUGCACAGCGGCUCCCUGAAGUAAUGUGCCAAACUGCCUCCAGUGUCUCAGCUGGCACUGGAAGGUGACCUCAGGGAUUUCCUCAUGGUGCUACACAGUGAGCUGUGAAUGGAUCAGAGAAGAGUGAAGAAAGAUCAUGGACUCUUCUGUCUUUUUUUUAUUUUUACAUUAAGGUUUGUGAAGUCAAAGGCACUAGGAGGAGAUUUGAGAUUUUGCAGUGUAGAAACACAAAUAGAAAAGCAGUUUUUUAUGGACUAAGGUACAAGUUUUGAAAGGUACUUAAAGACUUAUAUAAUUUUACCACACGUUUCUUAUUUAUUCCCCACAGGCUCUCAUAAAAUAUCAGUAAAACUAUAGUUUCUCCUGUUCCUUCACUGUAAAGACAAACCUAACUUUCUAAGUAAAUUGAACAAUUAAACAAACUAUUUAAAACCAA